AUGCGUCUCGCCCACCUCCACCUUCCCCACACAACACCCUUCGCACGAGUCUCCGACCUCCAACAAGCCCUCACAACCCGCCUCCUCACCUACAAAAAACUAGCCUCCCCAGGCUCCCUCUCCUCCCAAGAACAAGACCGCCGCAAGCCCACCAGCAAUGCUGCCACAGCUUCAACAGCAACAGCACCCCCACCACCCCCCGACCCAACCAUCAUCACCUUCACCCCGAACCCGGUGUACACGACCGGCCGCCGCGACCUGCCGCCCUCCAACACGAGCACCCAUCCCCCGAAACUCCUCUCCCUCCCACCGUCUCUCGAGCCGAUCCGGUCUCUGCUCACCCCGUCGGGAUCCGGCCCCGCGACGGCGGAGUACCACCCCACGCUGCGCGGCGGCCAGACUACCUACCACGGGCCCGGGCAGAUGGUCGCGUACACGAUCCUGGAUCUGAAGCGGCUGGGACUGACGCCGCGGUGUCAUAUCCGGGUGUUGGAGAAUAGCGUGAUUGAUCUGCUGGGGAGCUAUGGGGUGACGGGGUUUGUGACUGAUGACCCGGGAGUCUGGGUAGAUGACGCCCAAGUAUCCACAUCCACAUCCACCAUUACAUCUACAUCUUCUGCUUCGGCAUCAUCAUCUAUCCCAAAUACCAACCAACCCAAAAAAAUCACCGCCGUCGGCGUCCACCUCCGCCGCAAUAUCAGCAGCUACGGCAUCGGCCUGAAUGUCACCUCGGAGCCGAUGUGGUAUUUCCGCCAGAUCGUCGCCUGCGGGCUCGAGGGCCGCGAGGCGACCAGUCUGCAGGGGCUGGGGGUGCACGAUGCCAGUGUUGACCAAGUCGCUGCUGGGUUCGUGGACCGGUUUGUGAGCCGGGUCAAUGCGGAUUUUGCGUGUGGCCAGGGUGCGUUGGGGGAGAGGAUUGAGGAGGUUUAUUCGGUUCGGGGGGGGAUCUUCUUUGAUCUUGCUUUCACAUUUCUACUUGGUACUUGCCAAUAUAAUGGGGCUACUAUGAUAGAGAUCCUCAAAGUAUUGAUUUAA